AUGAACGGAAUCAUUCACCCUUGCACUCAUCCGGAGGACCGCCCAGCUCCCGCCAAUGAGGACGAGAUGUUUGCACUUAUCUUCGAAUAUAUUGAUAGGAUAUUCUCCAUUGUUCGACCUCGAAAGUUGUUAUAUAUGGCGAUAGACGGAGUUGCUCCAAGAGCAAAAAUGAAUCAACAGCGGAGCAGGCGUUUUCGAGCUUCCAAGGAGGCGUGGGAGAAGAAUGAGUCAAUUGAGGAGCAACGCCGGAGUUUGAGAGAAGGCAUACCGUUUUACCACCAGGAGACUGAGAAGCUCACUUCACAGCAACUGCAUACACACUUUAACACCUUUUUAAUGCAAUUGGCGGAAGUGUUGAGGUACUACAUUCAUGACAGGAUAACCACAGAUCCUGCAUGGGCUAAAAUUCAGGUAAUUCUGUCUGACGCCAACGCUCCCGGAGAAGGUGAGCAUAAAAUAAUGGAUUUCAUCCGAAAACAACGUGCAAAUCCUGCUCAUAAUCCGGAUACUGUACAUUGCCUUUGUGGGGCCGAUGCUGAUCUCAUCAUGUUGGGCUUAGCGACCCAUGAGGCUAACUUCAAUAUUAUACGUGAGGAAUUUAUUCCGAACCAGCAACGUCCUUGCGAUCUCUGUGGCCAAUACGGACAUGAGCUGAAAGAGUGUAGAGGGCUUGAAAAUGAGGAAAAAGGUCCCGAACACGCCGAUCCUAUUUCAAAAGAGAAGAACUUCAUCUUUUUGCGUAUACCCGUUUUGCGAGAAUACCUGGAGAGGGAAAUGGCCAUGGAAAAUCUUCCCUUCAAGUACGACUUCGAACGCGUGAUCGAUGAUUGGGUUUUCCUAUGCUUUUUCGUCGGUAAUGACUUCUUGCCUCACCUCCCUUCGUUAGAAAUUCGAGAAGGUGCCAUAGAUCGCUUGAUCAAAUUGUAUAAGGAUAUGGUGUAUACGAUGAAAGGGUAUUUGACCAAAGACGGGAAUGUUUAUAUGGACAGAGUGGAGCGGAUUAUGCUCGGUCUAGGAGAAGUAGAAGACGAGAUUUUCAAGCGUCGUCAGCAAGAUGAAGAACGGUUCAAAGCAAUCCAAAAGG